GAUUGAUCAUGUUGAUACAUUUUUACAUUUGUAGGUUGAAAACAAUGCAACCAUGUUAAAUUCAUUAAAGAAUAUGAUAUUUGGAAAUGAGAAAUCAGAAGAGUCUGCAGAUGGACCUGUAAUCAUCCAGGUGGAUUCCAUGUCCAAAAAUUCAAACAAAGCAUGGGACAAGAUGAAAGUCAAACAAAAUCAAAUGAAAGUCAAACAUAUGGAUCCAAAGACACCAAUCACAGAAGAUAAAAUUCGUUUUGUUUGUAUAUCAGAUACGCAUUCUAAAAUUGAGUAUUGUCCCAAAGAUUUUGUCCCUGAUGGGGAUGUUCUCUUGCAUGCUGGUGACAUCACCAAUGUUGGUCAUCCAAAAGAAAUUAAGCAGUUUAAUGAUUAUUUAGCUACACUUCCACAUAAACAUAAAGUUCUAAUAGCAGGCAACCAUGAUUUAACAUUUGAUGACUCAAUGGAGGAGAAACUUAACAGAUGGCAUAUAAAAAAAGAAAAAGUGAAAGAAUUUCUAGAAAAAAAUGGAGUGAAAAAGGUUAAGGAGCUGCUGACUGACUGUGUAUACUUAGAAGAUUCUAUGGUAACAUUGUAUGGUAUCAACAUUUAUGGAUCCCCUUGGCAGCCAUGGUUUGGUGACUGGGGUUUUAAUUUAGAAAGAGGUGAAGAAAUGUUAGAGAAAUGGAACUGGAUUCCUGAGAAAACAGAUAUACUGAUAACACAUAGUCCUCCUAUUGGGUAUGGAGAUUUAUGUUUUGAUGGCUGUAGAGCUGGCUGUGUAGAGUUACUUAAUACCAUACAGAAAAGAGUAAAACCACUGUAUCAUAUAUCUGGACAUAUACAUGAAGGAUAUGGUGUGACCUCAGAUGGAUUUACCACAUACAUCAAUGCUUCCACGUGUACUUUACGUUAUAAAGCUGACAAUCAACCAAUAGUGUUUGACUUUCCCAUACCUGAAGGUCAUUCUAAACAGGAAGUUAUAGAUUUGACUGUUACACAGUUUGGCACACAAGAUAACAAAACAACCAAGACAGAUUCAGAUGAUGAUUUAGUGGAAUUUAAAGAGGAUGAAGAGGAUCCUGUAAAAUAUUGUGCUUAGUUCAACCUAGUAAUCUUAGUUUUAGAAGAGAUAUACAGUUCAUGUUAAAUUGAAGGGAAAAGUAUUUAAAGGAAAUUAAAAACAAAAUUACAUUCAAGUUUAGGAAGCAAACAUAUGGUUUCUUUGUUUUAAAAUAUGAUAAGAAUAUGUCUAAACUGUCUGAUAGCAGCAGCAUGCAAAAGUGUAAAUUAAAGCUGGUUGGCCAAGAACUAGAAUUGAUUUUAAUAAGUAGAACCAAAGUUUGUAGGAACAAUAGUGACAGUUAUAAGGUUUCUUAUCCUUAUCAUGCAUUUGAUGUUAAAUGGUUUCUCUGAUUACUUUUUAAAAUCUUUUGAUGUGAAAAAAAAGUAAAAUAAUGAAUUUGAUUUUGAUUUUCUAGAUUGUAAUUAUGCUAUUGCCAUCAAACAUAAACAAUAAUCUCUUUCCCAAAAAAUGCCACACAAUAAAACCACCAUUGAGGUUUUUCAAUCAUUGCAGGUAAAAUUUAUUGUUAUUAUUUUUAUUGGAAAAUUGAUACAUGCUGUUGGCAAUUGAUGAUGAUGUCUCUCUAAUGAUUGAUAAGCUAUAAAAAAUGAAAGGGGACAUUAUUAUUUUUGUACAAUUUUUGUCGAGCCUGCAACUUUUGUUGCAGAAAGCUCGACAUAGGGAUAGUGAUCCGGCGGCGGCGGCUACGGCGGCGGCGGCAGUGUUAGCUCACUUCUUAAAAGCUUUAUAUUUAAGAAGGUAGAAGACCUGGAUGCUUCAUACUUUGUAUAUAGAUGCCUCAUGUUACGAACUUUCUGUCAGUCACAUGUCCAAUGUCCUUGACCUCAUUUUCAUGGUUCAGUGACUACUUGAAAAAAAAGUUAAGAUUUUUUGUAAUGUUAAAUUCUCUCUUAUUAUAAGUAAUUGGAUAACUAUAUUUGGUAUGUGCGUACCUUGCAAGAUCCUCAUGCCUGUCAGACAGUUUUCACUUGACCUUGACCUCAUUUCAUGGAUCAGUGAACAAGGUUAAGUUUUGGUGGUCAAGUCCAUAUUUCUGAUACUAUAAGCAAUAGGUCUAGUAUAUUCGGUGUAUGGAAGGACUGUAAGGUGUACAUGUCCAACUGACAGGUGUCAUCUGACCUUGACCUCAUUUUCAUGGUUCAGUGGUUAUAGUUAAGUUUUUGUGUUUUGGUCUGUUUUUCUUAUACUAUACGCAAUAGGUCUACUAUAAUUGGUGUAUGGAAUGAUUGUAAGGUGUUCAUGUCUAGCUGACAUGUGUCAUCUGACCUUGACCUCAUUUUCAUGGUUCAGUGGUCAAAGUUAAGUUUUUUAGUUUUGGUUUAUUUUUCUAAUACUUUAUGCAUUAGAUCAACUAUAUUUGGUGUAUGGAAAUAUUUUAUGAUCUAUAUGUCCGUUACGCAGGCUUUAUUUUACCUUGACCUCAUUUUCACGGUCCAUUGCCAAGUUUUUAAAAGUGUUUGUGUUUUGGUCUGUUUUUAUUUUUUUAUAAGCAAUAAGUCAACUAUAUUUGUUGUAUUGAAGAAUUGUUAGCUCUACAUGUCUGCCUUGCAUGGUUCAUCUGACCUUGACCUCAUUUUCAUGGUUCAUUGACCAAUGUUUCAUUUUCAUGGUUCAUUGAUCAAUGUUUCAUUUUCUUGGUUAAUGUUGAGUUUAUGUGACAGUUGUAAUAAAGCUUUAUAUUUUGGUCUAUCAAGAUAGUAUCAAUGAUUAGUAAAGAAGGCGAGACAUUUCAGUGUGUGCACUCUUGUUUGUGAUCUGUUUUUUCCCCCCCUUUUUAUUCAAUUUCAAUUGAAGUUUGCUUACCAUGCUUACUGUUUGCAAAAGUUGUUUGUUUACCAGAUCUUUAGUUGUUGAGAUUAUAAGCUUAAAAGAAUUCUGUGUUAAUGGCUUAGGUUCCAAAUUAAUGUUGUCCUUUGCACAGUGGUCCUUUUGCACAGAUGAUAAAGUUAGAUAUAUUAUGGAUAUUUUUAAUGAAGCAUGAUUUGUACGCCAAACUAAAUUCAUAUAUGAGAGAGAUCAAAAUAUAAGAUACAACACAUUGCGAAAAAAUUAACUCGUUCUGUCAAAAAAUGUUGUAUUAUAUUAAAAAGGAUCGCAAUUUAAAUCGAGGAAUGUGUAUAGGAAGGAGUCAUGACCACUGACCCAAAGGAAAUUAAAUUUUGAAAGAGUUAGGAAUGGUUCCUCCUAGAAUUAACGUAGGAAAAUAGGUGAUAAGGUACGAAAUGAAAUAUCUUCUCUCACUCUGAGUCUCAGUGACUGCUGUGAAAAGUAAACUUGGAAUUGAAAGUACAAAAAUAAAACACAAUAGGCCUAAGUGCAUUGAUCAUACACUUGUAUCCGUGAUUUGCUAUUUUGUAAUUAUUCAGAUUACGUAAAUAACAUUGUGCAGUUGAAUUAGUUUUGAAAAUAAUAUUAUCCAUCUUUAUGUAUACAUGUAUCAAUGAAAAUAAUGGCAAUCGUAUCCUUCAGAGCAAUCUGCUAUUUGAUUAUUAGUUUGUAGUCUUCCAGGUCAAAGAGAUCAUAAACACAAUAAGUGAUAGAGUUUAUACUCUGUCAGCUUUAAUUCCAAUAAACACUUCAAUUUGAAACUAUUUACAACAUUUGAUAGAUUAAUUCUUAUUUCACCAAAUGAUUAUGAUGUGAACACUUUAAAAGGUAUUCCAGGUUAGAAUUUGUUGCUCACGAAAUGUACACAUCUAAAUGUUGAUGUGGGGCAUAUUGUGAUAUGGAGGUAUAAUUUUUUUAUUUAUUUAUUUCUGCAGUUAUGUUCCUUUGACCUUUACAUAUUCAUACAGAGUCAAUAACAUGAAUAAUGCUUUCUAAAUGCUAUAUCAACCUCAAUUUAAAAGCAUAUUGGAUCUUUCAUAACUUUCAAUUUUAGAGGAUUUGUCAAACAAUAGUAGCUCUUAAAUAACACUAUAUAUACUUUAGAUACCAGGUAUAAUAGAACCAAGUGAACAUACCUCUAAGUAACGAACAGUUUUCAGGCUAUUCUUAAUGUGUAUGCAUUUGUUUGAAUCUUCUUGUAAUCUUUUGUGUAUUAAUAGCAUAAAUAUGUUACAAAACAAAUAUGUACUAUUUAUGGGUUGAUAUGGACCUCUUAUUUGAUUGUACUUAUACUGGAAAUAUAUAUAACAAUCAUAUAUAAUUGUAUUAAAAUUUAUGAUAUUAAAAUUAUGUUCAAUGAUAACUGAGGCUAUUUGGAAUAAAAACCAAAUAUAGUUGUAUCAAAUCAUGACCAUUUACUUUGACAGUCUACCAUGUCUUUCAUUAUCUUUUUCUGUGAUAAUAAAUUUUUAAUAAAUAUAAAACUGUA